AACAGUAAGAUGAUUGAAGACAAAGGUUAUAAGAAGCUAACUACAUUUACAGGUCUUUCUUAUGGUUCCUGGUGACUACACAUCCUCCCACGCUUGCUCAUUACAACAGUUAGUGCUUCACAGAGGUCCUGCAAUGGACAUUUACUGCAAGCUCUAGUUCCAAAACAGAAUCCAGGAAAUAUUUCUGACCAAGAGCUGGAUGAACAAGAAGUUCAAGGGGGGGUACUAAAGAGAGGAAAAGAAGCCCAUAAAAGAUGAGAAAAGCUGAAUGCUUGCCAAACAUAUUUAGGAAAAUUAUGGAUAGGCACCAAAUGUCCCAUUUACAUUGUAUGAACACUCUCCUUUUGGUGCUUAUUUGGACUGGCAUUGCAACGGCACAGAAGGACUGCACAGGUGUGGAGUGUAAGCAGCCAGAAAAUUGCAUUGAAGAAGUUCUAGAACCUGGAGAAUGCUGUGCUUCUUGUCUGCAGCAUGGCUGUACUUGUGAAGGAUACCAGUACUAUGACUGUGUGAAUGUGGGCUUUAUGAAUGGAAAAGUGCCUGAAGGACAGUCCUACUUGGUCGACUUUGGAAGCACCGAAUGUUCUUGUCCCAAAGGUGGGGGUAAAAUCAGCUGCCAAUUUAUGUUAUGCCCAGACCUUCCACAAAACUGCAUUGAUGCUGUCCUACCAGCAGAUGGAUGUCCCGAAUGUGGAAGAAUAGGCUGUGUCCACGAAGACCAGAAAUAUGCUGCAGGACAUACAUUCCACAUGCCUACGUGCAAAGUGUGUCAUUGCCCUAAUUCUGGCGGUGACCUCAUGUGCUAUCAGCUCCCAGAUUGCAAUGAAUCCAUGUUAACCUCCCCUAAUCCAUCUGAUACCGUGGAACUAGAACAGCACUACGAUGAUCCCUACAGUUACGACCAAGAGGCACCAGGAGAUGCCACUCAGGUGGAGCCACCCAAAAAGAAAAAGUUCUACAGUUAUUCAGCACAUUUGGAACAAGAGAGCACAGGCCAAGAACAAAGUGAGGAUUAUGACUACCUUGCAAGCAGUGUAACUCCCCCUUCACUGACUCAGUCUAUUUCAGACCCAGCAAGGCAGCAACAAACAAGCACAGAUAUUCCUCUCCUAAACCAUCCAGAAAAAAGGAGCAACAAUGCAAAUAGCAAGGUCAGGAUGAAUACAAGCACACUAUCAACAACCAAAGUACCACAAAGAUAUAAGAUGACCACCACAAAUAGUGUUUUAAAGGAAGAAGUCGUGGCAACCACUGAGACGCCCUGGAAUGCGGCAGAAGCCGAGAGACAAAACGCGAUCAGCCAUGAGAGAAUUGAGCAAGGAGAAAAUUCCCAUUUUAGGAUCAAACUGAACGUGAAGAAAGACCAGAAAUCAAAAGUACCCAAAUCAUUGGAUUUCAAGGAAUCCAAAGGAGAUAACUUCCCUGAAGUCAAAUUUAAUCCGACGCCUUCAUCGCUGAUUGCCCUGAAAGAAGAUCACAAUUGGAUAGCCCCCAAACAAUCUCAAACACUUUAUCAUUACCAGCCUGAUGAAGAUGUGGAUCCCAACUCUGUUCACACGACCUCCAAAUUGUCAGCAGCUUUGCAGACUCCCAAAACAAGAUAUCAUAAGAACAUUUCCUCCUAUGGAGAAGUAGAGACAGCCAAUUCAGCAAAAGAUUUAAUUGAAACUUGUUGUGCUGCUGGACAACAAUGGGCCAUUGAUAAUAAUGAAUGUAUGGAAAUUCCAGUAAGCAGAACAGGUGGUGAUAUUUGCAGUGACUUGGAAGACCAGAUCAGCAAGCAUGGCAUUAAACAGAAAUUUCACAGUACUAUUUUCAGAAUCCCCCUUCCUCAACAAGAGCCACUACAAAGUUUGCCUCCAAAAGGCAUUCCAAGAAGCUUAUUGAGAAGAAUUUCUCAAAAGCAGUGCUGUGUCUCGUACUUAAAGGAGAAUAGCUGCAUUGCUGGCAUGAUUGCUGCCAGAGAAGGUGAUUUGUGUGGAUCAGAUGAAAGCGACACCUGUGGAAGAUCAUUUUAUAAGGCAAGAUAUUCUGCUGAAUCUAUGUGGCAUCCUUGCUAA